AUGGCAGAAAAUCAUGAAACCACUUCACCAUGCCAUGGUAAAUCUAUUGAUAAAUCCCUGAGUCUAGUAACAGGUCUCGCGCCGCCCUCUCAACAAUCUUAUCCCCCUCAGCAUUCCCAGAAUCCUCAAAAUCCCAACUCUGCAUAUCCGAUCUCAGCUCCCCCUUUAGCACACUAUAACCAGAUCAAUCCACUAUCCGCUCUCCCUCUAACUCAAAAUUAUCCCCUUGCAAUUAAUCAACCACAACCAUGUCAAACCCAACUCUUCAACCCUGAACAUCAUUACCUUCUCCUAUCACUCUCUCGAGAAAACUUCAAAGCACUUUCUCUACGACAGAAAAUUGCAGCAGCAGAAACUAGCCUCGCUUCUAUACAAAUAGCUGCGGAGUUGGAGGGCGCAGGGACGGGUAUCACAUCUCCUCUCUCCUCCAUCUCUACACCCACGACACCGCACUCGCAGGCACCCACUCGUCGUAAACUAAAGAAACAAAUCUCGUGGCUGAAAUGUCGGAUUAAGGAGUGUACGAGACAGGAGAAGAUCUUGGUGGAGAGGUUCCAGCAGAUCGGGGAGGAGGAGGAGAGGAGAUGGAGAUGGAGAUGGAUGCAGAUUGAACGGCAGAGAAGGAUUAAUGAGGAGAUGAUGGAGUGGCAGAGGGGGUAUUGGAAUUGCUUUGUUCGUCAGGGUGGGUAUGGAUAUAAUUGGGGUGGAUAUGGAUAUGGAUAUGGAUAUGGUCAUGGUCAUGGGGGUAUGUUGAAUGCGAGCACUCCUGCGUUUCAGCCCAGUGGUAGUGUUAGUGUUGGUGGUGCUUGUCCUGGAGAUUCAAAGACGAUUGUAGGAGGAAGAAAAUAUUCAAAUGAGUUUUGGAAUACGGACGCGCCUGUUUUUUCCCCGGUUAAUUUCUUUAAACCUUCUUCUUCUUCUAUUUCUGUUUCUGCUCCUACGUCUACCGCUCCUUCUGGUAUAUCGCAGAAAAUACAAAAUGAAGAGAAAGAGAGACUUAGUAGGGGAUGGGAUGAAUGCGAAUUGUCACCUUUAGGUGAGGAAAGAAGAAAAUCUUCUCUGAAAUGGAGUGUGGAGAUUAGAGAUGGGGAUAAGGAGGGGAAUGAGAAGGAAAUAGGAGAUGAAGGAGAGAGUUCUGGAGAGGGAGAGGGAGAGGGGGAAGGAGAAGCGGGAGAUUCUUCAACCGAAACGGCGAUUACGACGCCCACUCCGCAACAGAGUGCGAGGAUGUCGCCGAUGGGUGGAGCGAAGAGUUGUAGUGAUGUUAUGCUGGGGGUUUUUGAUGGGGAGAUGGGUGACGAGGAGAAGAGAGGGGUGGAUGGGAAGGAGGGGGUGAAGAGGGUGAAGAAAUGGAAAAGUUUGCCGGGGGUGCAGAGGGGAGUGUGGGAGGGGGCUUGUGGGGGGAAGGGGGAGGGGGAAGGGAAGUUGUGUGGGAAAGAAGGUUUGAAGGGGAGGAAUGAGAUUGAUCAGGUUUGGUAG